AUGGCAACCCCAGAAACAACUCGCUCGCCUUGCCCCGAUCGCAUAUUGGAUGACCUAGGCGGCGCCUUUGGCAUGGGCGCCGUGGGCGGAUCGGCUGUCCACUUCCUGAGAGGCAUCUACAACUCCCCCAAAGGCGAGCGAAUCAUUGGCGGCUCACAAGCCGUCCGUAUGAACGCCCUCCGUACGGGCGGCGGCUUUGCAGCCUGGGGGGGUCUUUUCUCCGCUUUUGACUGUUCUAUGGUAUAUCUAAGGCAAAAAGAGGAUCCCUGGAAUUCCAUCUUCGCUGGUGCCGCCACAGGCGGAUUCCUCCACAUGCGCCAAGGCCUUGGCCCGGCUUCUCGCUCGGCUCUCGUCGGCGGCGUGUUUCUCGCGCUUAUAGAGGGGGGUGGGAUCAUGUUAACUAAGGCCAUGAGCGGCCCGCAGAAUAUGCCUAUAUUUGUUGAGGACUUUCCAGAUGGGCUGCCCGCCUCCACGCCCCCCUGGUAUGAACGGUGGUUCGGUGGUGGUGAGAAGGAGGAGAAGAAGAGUGGUGGAGCGAAGACCGAGAUUUUGGAGAGCUUUGAUUCGCCUACGCCACCUACCUUUGAGUUGAAGUGA